AUGUUGAACCCAUUUGCGCGGUCCAAAAACGAUCUCCCAUCGAUGAAUCGUCAUAGCAUCACCGCUUGGGCCCAUGAUAUUAUUGAUGAACUUCAAAGAAUCGGCAUUUUAAAUCCAGGCAACGAGAAGGCCGCGGAUGAUCUGCUUCGUGUGUACCAAAACAUGCUUCAAUUCUAUUCAUGGGUGUCCACACGUCCCAGAGUUCAGAUAACUCAUGCCCAACGUCCUGUUGAACAACCUUGGACACCAAAUGAUAUUUUCGCCUCGGCGCAUAAAGUCUGGACUGAUCUUGAGUGGGAAUUAAGGCUGGAAAAAGAUGGCGCAUUUAUUGACCAGAUGAUUGACCAUCUCGGGUGGUUUUGGAACAUCAAGAACAACUUAGUCAAUCAAGCCCGUCAUACUCGAGGUCUCUCUGUCCUUCCAAACAUGGAAACAAUCGCAGAAGUGGCAAACUAUGCUAGGAUUAGCAGCAUCGAUCGUGUGAAUACAAUGCAAAUUCCAGAGGCGAGAACCUUACCAUUGGGCAAUCACUUUCCCCGCCCCAUGGUGCCUGCGAGCAGGGAUAAUCAGAAAAAUUUACAAGCUCUCCUCACAGGACCCAGCACAAGACGAGGAAACUCAGGCGAUAAUGUUAUGCACUCGAGUCGAACAUAUUUAUCCGGGAUUCCAUCAAUACUGCAGCCCAACGCGGGUCAUUUGCAACUGCCAAGAUAUUCUCAAUCAGUUCAGGAGCAACCUCAUCCUGCAUUGCCAGUUACCCUAUCGGUGAAAGGUAAACAGUCGGAUAGCUCACAUCCUGGUGUACAGUACCAACCACCCACUGCUCGCGAUAAGCCAUCGCGUAAUAUUUUCAAUAUGGCAGGUGCUAAAUAUAACGACGGCAUAGAAUAUUCACAAGCCUCUCAAGUUCCUGUGGGAUUCAUCCUACCUGCAACACAGAUUCGAGAUGACAGGUACCCAAAUAGAGCUCAGGGGUUUGGUGGUGGAUCCAAACGUCCUAUGACUAGUUUAACAGGCCUCGAGCCAGUUUUUAGUGGUCGUGACAAACAUGGACAAGAUUUACCGACCUCUCACGAAGAACAGUUAACACUGUCUCAUAGCGGUACAACACGCACCAAAACCGGAAAUCGUUUCUCUGACACCAGAAAUUCCGUCAGUGCCCAAGAUAAAGCUGUGAUUGUCAUCUUAGAUACGCCGUCACCGGAAUCGACAAACUCACGUAUCGAAAGCCUUAGGCCGAGAGAUUAUGCCUGCCAUCCAAGUUCACCUGUCCUGUCUCCUGGAGCUGAAUAUGAAGUUACCCGUCUUUCCUCAGCAAUGAUACCUCAUGUGCAUAGCAAAGACACAACUAGGCAUUUUAGUUUUCCGGUUAGUCCUGGGACACCUGUUAAUAGUCCUAUCAAUCAACGCGAAAUAAAAUCUGCAGAAGCAAAGAAGAUAAGAAGUGAACCUCUCGAUCGACGGCCAGCAAAACUAGCGCAUAGUAGCACGGGAGGAAAGAAGCAGAAAAGAGCCACCAAUACUGAUGGGAAGAAGGUCAAUGCCACGGAGAACGAUCUCAUUACACCCAAGCGAAAUAUGACUGUUUCUGCGAGCGACAAUCAGGGUGAUAUGAAGAGUAACAAUGUCGCAAAAGAUAAGGAGACCAGGUUCACUUCUGUCAAUGUGAAGCAAGACGACAAGACAAUUCAUUUACAAAAAGUCAAUACAAAAGGAACCGAACCUAGCAAUGAGGCUUACAUUACUGUUUCGGAUAGUCAUAACAAAAGGCUGAAGAUUAACAACAAUCUCACAACUUCUUCUGUUCAUGCUUCUCCCUACACAAGCUUCCUCAGACAAUACCGGCCAAGCAAUCCUAAUAGUUCUACAGGCUUGGGAGUAAUCUCACAGUCCGCCGAAGAUAAGAUGGUAGGAGCCAAAGUUGUUGGUGGUGGACGCAUUGGCGAAAAAAUUGGCAGUGAAAAGUCUAUGGGCGAGAUAGCUCUUGACAAAAGCAAGACCGGUAGCAAGCCUGUGAACCAAAAUUCUACCAACGAUAAUUCGGCAAGCACCAAAUCUAUUAUUGAGAAAACCUUCAACGGAGACUCUGCCGGUGAUAAACUGAUGGUCGAAGCACCAAUUCUGGAGGACGCCAUUAGCGCGGAGACUUCGGGAAAUGAACACGUCUCGGACAAUCCCGCGAAUAAUAAGCUACUUCCUGCAAAGAACAACAAGUCCAAGUCGCUCUAUCGUCCUUUUAGCAUGAGAUAA